AUGUCUGCACCCUUCAGCCAAGUCCCCUCUACGGCGAGAAUUACCCCACACCCCUUCACGGUGUCCAUUCCUCAGGAGCAGCUGACCGAGCUCCACACGUUGGUGAAGCUGUCGAAGAUAGGCCCUCGGACAUACGAGAAUUCCCAGCCAGACGCCCGCUUCGGCAUCACGUCCGAAUGGCUCACGGGGAUCCGAGAAAAGUGGCUGAAUGACUUCGACUGGAAAGCGUGCGAAGCUCGGAUCAACGACUUCCCUCAAUUCACAGCCGAGAUUGACGAGAUCUGGGUGCAUUUUGCGGCCCUUUUCUCAGAAAACCCUGAUGCAGUGCCCAUCGUGCUGCUCCAUGGAUGGCCCGGCAGCUUCCUGGAAUUUCUCCCCCUGCUCCAGCUGUUCCGCGAUGAGUUCUCCCCCAGCACCCUGCCGUAUCAUCUCAUCGUCCCGUCUCUGCCGGGCUAUGGCUUCUCCUCUGGCCCCCCGUUGGACAGGAACUACAGCUCUCACGAUGCCGCCCGAGUCAUCGACAAAUUGAUGAAGGACCUGGGAUUCGAAAGCGGAUAUAUCGCCCAGGGAGGCGAUAUCGGCAGCCGGGUAUCCAGGAUUCUGGCCGUAGACCAUGCCAGCUGCAAAGCGGUUCAUUCAGUGAACUUUUGUGCGAUCGCCACACCCCCACAGGGAGUGUCGGACGUGGACCUUACUCCCUUCGAGAAGAAAGGGCUGGCCCUCCGAGAGGAAUUCCUGACCUCGGGCCUCGCAUACGCCCUCGAGCAUGCCACGAGACCAAGUACCAUCGGCCAUAUCCUCUCUUCGAGCCCUCUUGCUUUGCUCGCGUGGGUCGGCGAGAAAUUCCUCACCUGGGUCGACGAGCCCCUUUCCUCGCAGACAAUUCUGGAGUUCGUCUCGCUCUAUUGGCUGACGGACACCUUUCCGCGGGCGAUCUACCCGUAUCGAGAGGAGCUCCCCGUGUCGCCAGAAAAAAAGCCUCUGCGGUACAUUCAGAAGCCGCUGGGGUUCUCCUACUUCCCUGUGGAGCUGUUCCCCGUGCCCAAGAGCUGGGUCGAGACGACGGGGAAUCUGGUCUUUUGGAGGGAACACCAGCAGGGCGGCCAUUUUGCAGCUCUGGAGAAGCCGAAGGAGUUGAAGGCUGAUUUGACGGCGUUUGUGGAGCAGAUUUGGGGAAGGGAAUAG